AUUCAGCUCUCAAGAAGUCACUUACCUUGUGCAUCUUCAACCAGUAUGCUCCGAAACCUCCUCGUUGCUUCUUUCCUCAUAGGCGCAGCCUAUGCAGUGCACCUGGAAUACCUGAAAGUUGAUUCUGAGGAACUCCUUGAUGAGACUUGGGAUGAGGAUUUGCUGAUGCCCGAGGAACAGAUCCCUGGUGUGUGUGGGAUUUGUAAGCGGCUCAUGAAGAAAGUGAAAAAACAUCUUGGUAAUCAUGAAAAUGCGGAAAAGAUUAAAGAAAAACUGAAGAGAGGCUGUGACAAACUCCCAGUAGUGAAGGAUUUGUGUAAGAAAAUGGUUAAUAAGAACAUUGAUUUCUUGGUGGAGGAACUUUCUACUGAUGAUGAUCCGAAAGCAAUCUGUGCUAAAGCUGGCCUUUGCAAGCCAGUGGACAUGUGGGAAUUGAUCCAAGCUUUUCCACAAAACUACCAGAAGCUCUGAAGGAGCACAAAACUCCAGCAUGGCAAGAAAUGAAUGAAACUGUAAUUAGAUGUUUAAAAUAUAAAUGUUUGCAAAUCAUUCUCUGCUAAUAAAUUUUUUAAAGCAUUAA